AUGGGCGAGCCAAAAACACAGCUACUGCUACUUACAUUACCUCCAAAAGUCCUACAAAACGUAAUAAAAUUUCUACCCCAACAAUCAUUAAUAAACCUCGCAACAACAAAUUAUGAGCUUUAUCACCCAUGUCUUAUUCAAUUAUAUUCAAAAAUUGUUAUUUCACAAUAUGCACCAUUGCGAUUAAAAGAAACUAGAUCUGACCAUCGACGAGAAGUUGAUUUCCAGGAUAGUUCACGCCUGGUGAUUUAUGGCUUUGAAAAUAGUCUCAAGGAAGAUUUAAACAUGAAAAUGAUUUAUGCAAGAGUGCUAGUAUUGAUCCAAGCGUUACAGAUUAAUCCUGACCUUGCUGGAUAUGUGAAGGAAAUACAUGUUUUGGGUGAUGAUUUUACUAAUGAUGUAAUAUCAGCAGUGCAGGAUUUAGCAAACAUGUUGAAUCAGUUGGACACUUUUUACAUUGAUAGUGAAAAGAUCAGAUCAAGGGUGGAUCUUUCACAUUUGAAGUUGAGGACAAUAGUUGCUGAUAAUGUGAAUGAGAUUGAAUAUGGUAUUGAGCGAUUACUUGUGGGUAACAAUCGUAGCAUUGACAAUUUUUCCAGCGUUGCCCAUAAUUUGAGAGAGUUGAUUUUACCGUCCAAGGCGGAAGAGUUUUGGGCAUGGGUCAGAACAAAUGUAUUUUCAAAUAAAGUUUACUUUCUGAAGCUAGAAAAGUUUCGACUCGUAUUUCACCCUUCAGUCUUUAAAGACAACAUCAGCCUAAUCAAACUGAUUCAGUGGAAUAACAUUAAAGAAUUGGAGAUUAUUUGCCCUUUCCCACAAGUGAACAAUGCCGAAGAUUAUAUUUUUGAUUGCUUCGAUGCAAUUCCAGUGCAAUUGCCCAAAUUGAACAAGCUUUCCGUUGUUCAAGGCUCUAUUUUCUCAACCCACGGGAUUAACGAGUCAUACGACUUGACCAUGUUUAAUUUUAUAAACACUUUCAUUGAGACUUUGUCUUAUCUUUCCAUCAAGCAUUGCGUACCUCAAUUGGGGAAUUUUCCCGAUGGAUUUGAGGGCAACUAUCAUCGCCGUUAUGAAUUGUACACCACCAUUUUGCCAAAACUUGUGACGAAAUCAAGCAAGUCGACAUCAAACUUUAUUCUUGAUUUACCAAACUUACUUCACACAUUUACUUGCUAUGAACAAUACAUGAAUACAGUUAUUUGGAAUGGAUGCAAAUGUGAAUACUGUGACAUUUAUUUGGACAAGUUGGACCAUUUUUUGUUCCAACACAAGUACUUUGAUCAGGAUAGUCAUCGGUAUAAAGAUAUGAAUGCUUCACAUUUACUCGCUGCUAUUGCAUCAAAUUUGGAAAAGAGAUUCAUUCCAUCAUCUUCGUUAUUGACUCAAUUGGACCAACUCGCGUUUCCCAUUUGGAAAUGCAUUUGGGAUUUUCACCUGAUUGAAAAUUCAAAGAAAUUGAUAUGUCUCGACAAGCUUACCAUCGAUCAAGGUGAAUAUGACGAAGGGGAUCAACCAGAUGUCGAAGAAGUGGAAAUAUGUGAGCAGAAUAAAAAUUUAUUUUCCCGGAUACCAAAAUCAAUUAGCCACUAUAUAAACGAUGUCAUUCAGGAAAUUCUCAACUUGCAUCGUGGAAAUGCUGAAGCUAGAUUUGAUGAACAAGAUCUACACUUUUUGAAAGAUGGUGGUGACUACGAUGACUUCAAUCACAAAAGCGACUUGAAGAAGGUAUUAAUCAGUGGAUUUGUUUAUAAUAUUGACAAUGAGUUGAAUGGAACUCAUUUUUACGAAAAUGUAUAUGACGAAUGA